UAUCUGCGUAUAUAUCAAAUUCCUCCUCUUACUACCUAUUUUUCAUUAUUUACUACGUUGUAACUUUCAAACUAUAGUUGAAAUUAUAUUUUUCUUGGUCUAUAAUAAAUUAUCAACUGAACUGUAAAUCGUAGUAGCCGGUUGAACUCGAAGCGCUUUCUUUUCGUGGCCAACAUUCGAACGCGAAAAAUUGUUCACUGAUUUCUUCGAUGUACGUCCAAUAUAAGUGAUUGGUGUCAAAUAUGCAAUUUUGGUUAUUAGUAUUUAUUUUUUCAAUAACAUGGUAUAUAAGAAAAGAAAGAAAAUGGAUUUAUAUUAUUUAUAAAACGUGGAAACGUGAUCUUAAGUUAAUUAUUAUUGGUUUAAAAACUUUUUUUUGUAUAAUUCCUUUCGAGAGGAAACAGCAAACGGUGAUUAAAUUAUUCAAGAAAACAGUCGAGAAAAAUCCCGAUAAAAUCGCUUUUCAUUUCGAAGAUAAAGCUUGGACUUUCAAACAGGUAGAUAACUUUUCUAAUAAAAUAGGAAAUUAUUUUUUAUCUAUUGGUUUUAAAAAAGGCGAAACUGUAGCACUUUUACUUGAAAACAGACCAGAAUUCGUUGCAAUUUGGUUAGGACUAGGAAAAAUAGGGAUCGUUACAGCCCUUAUCAAUACCAAUUUACGAACGAAAUCUUUGGAAAAUUGUAUUUCAAUCGUAGAAGCUAAAGCGUUAAUUUUCGGAUCGGAUUUCGUAAAAGCUGUCACUGAUAUCCAUCGUAAUUUGGAAGGCAUUCGAUUAUUUCAAUUCGAUACUAUCGAUUCUCCAAAUCAAGUACAGAACGCAAUCGAUUUGAAAAACGUUCUAACUGACUUUUCGAACGAUUUAGAUAACAGAUUCUUACAAGGACAAAGUGUCAAGGAUAUUCUUUUAUACGUUUAUACGUCAGGAACGACAGGAUUACCAAAAGCGGCUAAAAUUACACAUAGCAGAUUUAUUUUUAUGGCUUGUUCAAUUUAUAACGUGAUGGAAUUGACAGAAAACGACAUUUUUUACAAUCCUCUUCCGUUGUAUCACUCGUCUGGGGGCGUAAUGUCCUUGGGCUUGUGUUUAAUCCUCGGUUUAACAAUGGUAGUACGUAAAAAAUUUUCCGCAUCGAAUUUUUGGAAGGACUGCAUCAAAUACAAUUGUACGGCUAGUAAUUACAUAGGAGAAACUUGCAGAUACGUUUUGGAAGCGCACAAAGGACAAAAAAUACUCGAUCAUAAAGUGAAAAAAAUGUACGGGAACGGUCUGAAAAAGGACAUCUGGGAAAAAUUUUUAAAAGCUUUCAAUAAUCCUCGCAUGUACGAGGGAUACGGAUCCACCGAAGGCAACGUUAACAUGAUAAAUCUCGAAGGUAAAAUCGGAGCCGUAGGAUUCAUCCCUAUUAUCCUGAAUCCGAUAUCGCCUAUAAUAUUAAUCAAAUACGACGAAGAAACUUAUGAACCAAUCAGAGAUCGAAAUGGAUUUUGUAUUAAAUGUAAAGACAACGAACCGGGGCUUCUGAUUGGUCGUAUCAACAAAAAACUUUCUACUUGUCGUUUCGAGGGCUACGCAAAUCAAAAAGAAACGAACAAAAAAAUUUUAACCAACGUUUUCAAAAACGGCGAUAAAUAUUUUAAUUCCGGAGAUCUAUUUACUAAAGACGAAUAUAAUUAUCUCUAUUUUAAAGACAGAGUUGGUGAUACUUACAGAUGGAAAGGAGAAAAUGUAGCUACAACAGAAGUAGAAUGUAUAGUUUCAGAAAUCUUGGGUCCUAAAGAUAUAGUUGUCUAUGGGGUCGAGAUACCCGACCAUGAAGGCAAAGCUGGUAUGAUCGGCAUAGUGGAUAAUGAUAAUUCCGUGAAUAGCAAAGUUUUAGCAGAAGGUUUGAAAUCGCAUUUACCAGGUUACGCCAUACCGCUGUUUCUUAGAAAAUUGUCUGCCAUGCCUCUAACGACGACUUUCAAAAUUCAAAAAAACCAAUUACAGAAAGAGGGUUUUGAUAUUAAUGUCGUACAAGAUGCGAUAUACAUAUAUGAUAGUAAAGCCGUUGAUUACGUGCCUAUUGAAGAAGUUUACGACGAUCUUAUUAAUGGGAAAAUGAAGCUGUGAAAAUAUUAUUUUUUUCGUAUAUUGUACAUUGUAAUAUAAAUAUUGAUAAACCUUUUU